AUGAACGAAGCCUAUCAUAUUGGACCUUCCAAUGUCCAAGAAAGUUAUUUAAGGAUCGAUAGGCUGAUCGAUGUGGCCAAACGGGCUCGAGUGGAUGCCAUUCAUCCAGGUUACGGUUUCUUGUCGGAAAGUAUUGAGUUCGCCCAAGCCUGUUCGGAUGCGAACCUCAUUUUUGUUGGUCCUCCUGUCACAGCCAUUCGAGAUAUGGGAAUAAAAAAUCUCAGUAAAUCGAUCAUGGCUGAAGCUGGUGUACCUGUAAUCCAAGGCAAGUCGCUUUUCCGUCAGCGUACGGUAUACUGCAUCGUAUUUUCUUUUUGUUCCAUGAAACGCCACGAAAAUGUGGUAUCGGACGCGUACAACAUUUUCGGCGACUUCCUGUUAUCACUAAAAAUUGUAACUGCUCCUAUGCACACAUAG